CCAGUACCCCUUCCUUUCUCGUUCUUCCUUUUCAACCAUCUUUAUGUUUUCUAACCAAACACAAAUUACACAAACCAAAUAAUAAAAGCAUGAGCCGAAAAAGAGACAAACCCUACAACUCCCGCCAUAUUCCAUACUCCUACCCUAAACGCCGCCGCCCUAUUCCGCCGCCGCCUCCCGUUGUCGAACCACCCAAACAAAAACCAACCCCACCACCGGCCUUAGUCGUCAUUGGGCUCCCAUUGGGCUGCUCUGUUUUGGACCUCAAGUCCAGGUUCGAAAUCUAUGGGCCCAUUUCUCGGAUCCGGAUCGACCCACAAGGUGUUGGCUUCAUUUCUUUCCGCUCUAAAUCCGCCGCUGAUUCCGCCAUCUCCGCCUCCGUUGACCCCUCCUUCGGCAUCUCCAUUGAUUCCCACCUUGUUCAAGUGAUGUGGGCUAGUGAAAUGAAUAAUGGAGAGGCAGGAGUUGAGGAGGAAAGUGAGAGGAAGAAUUUGAACACAAGUCCGAAUGCGAAUACGUCGAAGCUGUUGAGGGGGGAGGCGCCAUUAAGUAGACAUGGGAAGGGGAAUAGGUUGAGUUCAGCCAUUGUUAACCCCAAUACCAAUACCAAUACCAGUAGUAGUACUAGUUCUGUGUUGGAUGCUCCAUUUAAGGCUAGAGAAAUCAUUGCUUAUGAUGAUUUAUUUUAUAUAUCUGAUUUUCUGAACUCUGAAGUAUUUGAUGAAAGGAGUGAGAAGAAUCGGGCUAAUGCUCUUGCAAAGAAGAUCAAGUCGGCAUGUGGUGCGAAAUCAAAAACUUGCAUAAUUUAUGAAUUGGAACUUGAGGCACAAGCUUGUGAAAAUGAGAAUGAGGUCACCGAAAUCAAUGGUUCUAGUUCAAAUGUAACCACUGCAUCCCAAGCUAAUGAUGAUCCCAUGCAUAAAAAUGGGAAGUUUGACGAUGAGGCCGAGGAGAAGUUCAAGGAAUUAAGGGAGUUGCAUGAGAAAGAAAUUGGUGAAAAGGGGGUUGAUAAUCUUACUCUUGAAGAAGCUUAUGUGAAGGUUCUUGGACAUCGUUCAGGUUAUGCCCGUGGUUUAGGCAAAGGGCACCCGGUGUCGUCUAAAGAUGGAAAGAUAGGAAGAGCUGAACUGGAACAUAAUAGUGUGAUUGCUAAUGAUAUUGGUAUGAAGAAAGCUUUGCUGUUACUUAAUGGACCGGAUGUGAAAAGAUCUGGUCGACCAAAGGAACCGAACAAGUCUUUAGAAAGCAGGCAAGCAGCAAUGGAGGAACAAGAAAAAGCUGUCAAAAAACAAAAAGAAAUCAACGAAGAAGAACAACAAGAAAGAGAAAAUGCAACAGAAACAACGCAGAAGCAUACGAAAGAACUCAAACAGCAAGAGUUAUGGAGUUGGGGAGCAGGAACAGAAGGACAACUUGGAACUGGGAAUUUAAAAGACGAAUUUACCCCUCAACUUCUCAUCAACCUCUCCAAUUCUCUCUCUUCUUUUGGUCAAAUCUCUCUCCUUUCUUAUGGUGGUGCCCAUGUCAUUGCCCUCACUUCUGGUGGGAAGGUCCUGAGUUGGGGUAGAGGAGCAUCUGGGCAAUUGGGACUUGGUCAGAUUAUGCCUAAUUGCUUGUACCCUAAACUUGUGGAUUCAUUGACAAAUUUCAAUAUUUCCCACGUUUCUGCUGGUUGGAAUCACUCUGGUUUUGUUUCAGAUUCUGGACGCCUCUUCACUUGUGGGGAUGGCUCAUUUGGUCAGCUGGGCCAUGGUGAUUAUCAGUCUUGCAGUUCCCCAAUGGAAGUUUCAUUUUUCAACUCUAGGCAUGUAGAGCAGAUAGCCUGUGGCAUGCGACAUUCAUUGGUACUAUUAAAAGGUAAUUUGGGAGACAAGGUGUUUGGAUUUGGAUCCGGUAAGCGCGGUCAAUUGGGUGUAUAUGAAGAUAAAGUAAAAUCGGUAAGUAUUCCCAAGACGUGUUCUGGGUUGGAACAUGCUGAAGUGGUGGCCAUUCUUGCGAACGGAGAUCAAAGUGCUGCGUUGUCAGCCAGUGGCCAGCUGUACACAUGGGGAAAAAGUUUUAGCAGCAGUUCAAAUGUUUGUAUUCCUCAGCUUCUGCGUGUAUCUUUGAGCUUCGAGCAAGCUGCUCUUGGUUGGAAUCAUGCCUUGGUAUUAACAAGUGAAGGGGAAGUCUUUAUGCUUGGAGGCAGUCAUCAUGGAGUGCUCAGCGAACCUCAAAAGAUGACUCACCUUCAUAAUACAUCUGGUGAACCCAAUCUGUCAAAAGUAACCGGUCUAGAUGGGAAGAAAGUUGUUCAAAUUGCAGCCGGAGCUGAGCAUUCAGCUAUACUGACAGAUGAUUGACAAUUUUACACUUGGGGUUGGGGCGAACAUGGUCAGCUUGGUUUGGGAAGUACUAGUGAUCGCACUGUCCCCCAGCUUGUUCUACUCGAAGAAAACAGCAUGAUAUUGAGGGUUUAUUGUGGAAGUGGGUUCAAGUUCGCUCUGAAUAUUUAGACUUGAAGAACUCGGUGAUUUAUAAUCAUAGCACACAUAUUAUCGAUGUCAAUGUAGUCUAAAAGAUCUUUCUUAGCCACUGCAAUGACAAGGAUCAAGGUGGGAAAUGGAAGAUGAUCCUUUGGUAAACAACCCUGAAUUACGAUGGAUGAUAAAGCCCAUUUAUACUUAACACGAAGCAUGUGUGAAAAAUAAUGUACUCGGGAGUCAAGUGCUAUUAAAUUGUUACUAAAUAUUAUGGAGG